AACAGCCUGUGAGCCUUGACGAGCCAGUGCACAAUGCAGGUAGUUAGCUAACUUAACUUAAUUUCCCAGUGAUAGGAAGUGGGUGAAACGGUAGAAAUGAAACAGUACACAGUUUGAGAAGAGGUAUAGUAUAGUGUCGUGUUGUAUGGCAACUGGAAGCGAAUUUCUUUAUCGAGAGAAGCUUUUUAAGGUUUCAUCAAGAAUGAAGAGGAUACCAGGGUGAAUCAACGUUGGCUCCCAGGAGAAAGUGAUAGAAAGACUGUUUGGGAUAGUGUCGUCGCGGAUUUCGCCAACGGUUGUUUUGGUCCUGGCAGAGGAGCGUGAAUGACUCGGAAGUUGCUUUACAAAGGCAGUUUGAAAAGUACGCGGAAGGUGAUUUGAGUGAAGUGAAAAUGAAGGUUAUGGAGAGAAAUGUGAUGCGUUUGGUGGCUGUGCAGCACCUGCGUGCAGCGUACGGGAUCAAGACAAAGAACUGGAACAAAAACAAAGCAGUCAGCUGCAAGUCAACAGCCAGCCACUCGGCAAAGGUUUUUGGCGUACCGUUGGAGAACUUACCACACUGUAAUACAGAAUGUGGUGAUGUGCCAAGCUUUCUGGUUGAUGCUUGCAUGAAACUACUGGCGCAUGUAGACACAGAGGGCCUGUUCAGAAAAUCGGGGUCCAUUGUUCGUCUGAAAGCUCUCAGGGCGAAAUUGGAUGCGGGUGAGGAGUGCCUGUCCACCGCACUUCCCUGUGAUGUUGCUGGUCUGGUGAAGCAGUUCUUCAGAGAGCUGCCAGAGCCUGUGCUACCCACAGAGCUGCAGGACGCCUUCCUCAAGGCCCAGCAGCUCCCCACUGAUGAGGACAGGACCUCUGCCACCAUGCUGUUGUCUUGUGUACUGCCUGACAGAAAUUUGAGCAUUCUGCGUCACUUUCUCAACUUUCUCCACAAUGUCUCUCAGAGGAGUGCAGAGAAUAAGAUGGACAGCAGUAACUUAUCUGUGAUCUUGGCUCCUAACCUUCUGCACUCUGGAGAUGGUACCGAGAAGAUGAACGCCAGCACAGAGAAACGCCUCAAGCUACAGGCAGCAGUAGUCCACUGCUUCAUAGAGAAUGCUCACAACUUUGGUGUGUUGCCGCAGCUCCUCAUGGAGAAGGUUCCAGCCAUGAUGGGCUGUGACACUAAUCCUCUGUCCCCUGUUCAUGAUGAACACGAGGAGCUGGACAUAAACUCAGGGAUGAAGAGACGCAGGCGCAGCUUAGGAGUCUUUGCUUCUGCCACUCCUGUGAUUGCAACACCAAACUCCAAGCGAAAACUUCCUUUGGAAUCGGGUCAGAGUUUUGGAUUCUCAAACAAGAAGCGCAGAUCCAUCAAAAAGAAUCUUGGUAUAGACUUGCUUCCCAAUACUAUGUUCAGUGGGACCUCUACUCCUGGAUCAGCACACAGUAUGUCAGAGGCCUUGGACUCCUCCCACAAUGCCUUGUCCUCAGCAGGGAGGCAACCAGCUACCUCUGCAAGGAGGAAGAGCCGACGACUGAGCAACAGGCAUGUGGUCAGCAGAGUUGAAUCUGGAAAGGCUGGUUGCUUUUCUCCUAAGGUCAGCAAAAAAGAAGCACCACGCAAGUCUCUGCGCUUGCGCUUUAGCCUGGGGAAGAGCAGUAAAGAUGCUGGAUCUGAGUCCAUUGGCUGGCGACUUGCCACACAGGAGAACACUACCAGCUUUCGCAUCAAAGACACAGACUUCAGCCCGUCUGUUCUGCGUAACAGAAGCGAGACCAAGAGCUCUAAGUACAUCAGUAAGUCUGAAAACAACUUGCUGACUCCCCAAUGUGACUCAAGUGCCCACCGGACCUCAUGGAAUGGGGACACCCCUGACAGAGCCCAGGCUUUUGGCGGGGGGUCUUUCACGGAUACCCCCAUGAACAUUUUCCUUAAGAGCAACUAUGUGUCUGAGCCUGCCAUCGUCAUAGCUAAGCCCCCAACAGGAGCCAGCCUCCCAAAGAAGCUGUGUUGUGCUUCCAGUGCAGAGAGCCUGGAGAGUGAAGGCUCCCUCACUGAAGUACAGAGCCAAACCGGUCCCACCCUGCUGAAAAUUAAGAAGGCCUUCACAGAAUCAGGCAGUGACAUCCAGGCUGUCAUACAGGACCGCGGCAACUCUACAGCAGAGAACAUGACAAAACCUCCUGAGAGUAUCCUGAUGCCUCCACCAGAGACUCCAAUCAAAGUUCUGUCUGUAGACACAGAGUCUUCAGGCUUCCCAAACCAACAGAGGCAGCUGGCUAUGGACCAAAACAUCACUUUUGGCCAGAUCGAAAUUGCCCCAUUGUCUCCUUUGCAUAUAGACAGUGCGCUGUUUGAGAGUGUUGUGUAUUGUAGUCCAGCAGUAAAGGCUGAUGAGGGUUCCCCUUGUGAUGCUGCUGUCAGCAGCCAUAAUAGCUCUGUGGUUUGCGAGACUGAGGUUGGUCAUUUGAAUAGCAGCAGGUUAAUUGAUGCUCUGGACAUCCAGAGUCCUGCUCAUUUCAAACUGGGUGUCUCCUCGGGGCUGCAGUCCACUCCAUACAGAUUAGGUCUUGAAGUCAGCACACCUAGAGCUGGUAAUAAGAUGGGUAUGGCUCAUGAAAAAGUAGCAUUGUCACCAGAGAUUGGCACCAAAAUUCAGCAGCAACAGUCUCCCUCACUGGAAGACCUGGUAGCCCAAAAGUCUACCGUGGCAGACCACAUUCAGCACUUCAACAUGCUCACCCUUUAUUCACCCAAAGCUGCUAAGGCCCGACAACAGAGGUCACCCCUCAAAUUCCAGCGUACCCCUGUGCGUCAGUCUGUCCGUAGAAUAAACUCUCUUCUGGGAGAGGGCCGCAGACCAACUAGAAAUGUGGCACUCUCCACCAGUCACAGAGGCCCUGUGGUGAAGGCAAUAAGCCUGGAAAGUGGCCUUUCCCCUCGCCCACACCUCCAGCCUUAUCAGGGAGAAUCAUCAGUGAAACUAUCAAAUAACAUUUGUGCCAUAAAGAAACCGCCACCAGUUCCACCUAAAAAAACAAGCACCUCAGCACGUAAACCCACAGCUUGUGCUCUGGGUGAUGUGACUAAUAAGGUCCAACCCAAGGGCAAAGGAGAGUUCUGUGACCCUGCCAGUAAGAUUGAUCCUACAGGAGCUCAGAAGUCUCUUGUACAGCAGGUAGCAGAUAAGGAUGUUCACUAUUACAGAGGUUCCCCUAGAAACCCUCUCAACCAAGGACGGUUGUUGUCUGCCACUAAACCGAUAGACUUAUAGUACAUUCAGUCUCUUCCUUUGUCUACUUUGUUUCUUUUCUAUGCAGGGCUCCUUAUAUUGUAAGACGGUAUAUGUUUAAAACAUUCAGUUUGAUUAUCCAUAGUUUUCAGGGCUUUAAUUUAUUUUGACCUAGAUUCUAUUUGUUAUGUUAGGGUCUAAUGGGAAAUAUUUUUAUGCUGUUGCCUUAAACUAGAUAUGGUAUUGACAUAUCAGCCCUACAACAUUGUAUGGUGGUUUCCAAGUGUUUAGAUUGCAGUGUUUGUAUUGCCAGCCAAAUGAUGUGCGAUUGAUGGUAUGACUGAAAUUUUUUAGAUCUAAGUCUUAUGCUUUUAUUUAUAUCUUUUAGUUGGAUAGAUGUUAAAAAAAAAAAAAUCUGUUUACUGGGCGGCAAGUUAAAGCUUUUUUUUUUUUUUUUAUUACAGAAUAUUUUCUUACUGUUUUGUCACACACAAAAUGUUUUCUUUAAAAAAAGCACCUUUGUUGGAUUUUAUGAUUUAUUUGCCAAGCAGUAUUGAUCAAAUACGUUGUCCAUUGCAGUUGCUCAAUUUCAAAACUAUCAACAAAUUAAGACAUUGCCAUGUGAACUGCACCAGACAAUAAAGCCAAACAGCAUUUAAAUUAA